AUGCGCUUGUUCAUCACCAUCUGGUACGCCUCUGCAGUUUGUAGACUUUUCUCGAUUCUCACCAAAGACUAUUUACUUGGAACUGUAACCUCCCCACAAGUGCCCCUCAUUAUCCAUACAUGCGCGAUGCAUGAUAGAUCCAGUGGACUCUACACCAAGUCUCGACACUGGCAUACAGUUGCCACCGCACCCAUCCACAAAUCGAACAGAGGAAAAAAACGGUCUAGCUUUUCCGAAAGCAAAGACUGGUAUCUUAGAAGAGAAAUACAACGAAAGGGAAAAAAAGAAUAG